AUGAUAAAGGAAGCAAUCGAAGAACUACCAUCAUUUUGGUGUGGCUUCGACAGUCGCAUGGCAACGAUCGUUGGAAAUGGCCUUCUCUUCAUCUCUAUUUUACUCCUGUUGUUGCUUGUCGGAAUGGAGAUGAUUCUCCACCCUAGCUUUUAUGUGACCUUUUCCACGACGGAUCGCAUGUCUGUGUUUAUUAUUAUUUCUGUAUUGACGGCGCAACUAUUCAUCUAUGGCAUGGCGAUCAUGGGUGCCUUCUACUAUCGCCCAAGCAUGGUGAAGGUAUCUUUGGAGCUCUUGACCCUUGGAGUGACCGUGGAAAUCGGAUUUGGGCUUCUGCACCUUAUCUCUAGAUUCAAUCCGAUACCACUUUUCAUCUGCACAUUGAAGGCUUAUAUCCUUUGGAUACCAAUGACAGCUUUCAUCAAUGAAUGCGAUGGCAUGAAAAACAGGAACGAUGAUUCGGAACUGUUGUUUCCAUUCAAGCAUCAUCUUGGAAACGAUGAUGACGACGGUGACGAAGAAGACGAAACUUUCCCCGAUCACAUACGCAGAAGAACUGCGUCACAGUGA